GCUAGCUAGCUAAUAACAAGAGAUAUAUAGCUAGCAACAACAAGUCAACAAUGGUGCGGUUCUCCGGGGCCACGGUGCUCCUGAUAUUCCUGAUCGCCGUCGUGUCGGUCUACACAUGCGCCGUCGUCCUAGGCCGGACGCUGGAGAGCUCGAAGAGAUCGCCGGCCGCGGCGGUGACCAGGAAGCUGCAGCUCCUCUUCGGCUUCAGCUCCACCAAAAUAGCCGUUUCCUACACCCACAACAGACGACACACAACAACGGAAGAACAACCAUCAUCUUCACUAUCACCAUCCUCGACUGUUGUAAUGUCGUCGCUGGGAGGAGCCAGUUUCUUCGUGUCACGGGCCUACGGACAACAAAUGAGGAAGCAGGAUGGGAACGAGAGCUUCUCCGGAGAGAUCGUGGCGGCGACGAAGGUGGGGCCGUGGGGUGGGUCCGGGGGGCAGCCGUUCUACAUGCGCACCGGCGGUGGCACGGUUCGCCUUAGGAGCGUGACGUUAUACCACUCCGACGCCAUCCACGCCUUCUCCUACGACUACAUCGAUCUACCUUUCACCAGGCGAGCAUAUCACCGCCGCCGAGGGGACGUUCGGUACGGACAAAGGGAGCACACACGGACCUUAUGGUAAACCAACGGGGGUGCCGUUCUCCGUCCCAGUUCUGGGGACGCUCUGGCUGGCUCCUCGACGCUAUCGGGGUUUACGUCGCACCGUGCAAAGUUUACAAGGCUUCUUCGUAAGCGACGCCCUAGCUGACGAUGAAGAGAGAAAAAGACCGGUAAUGCUAGAUAUAUUGCGUGUAACCUUGUACGUACUAUGUAAAUUGGAAAGAAAACAGUCAUACUAUAUUCUAUAUA